UGUUCCUGCGUGUCGAUUCUUGUGUAAAGAAUUCACUACAAUGCGUACAUCGCGUACAAUAAUUUGUAUAUGUGUACGCUAUACUACACGAGAAUACGGAUACGGGAAUGAGAAGAGAAUGAAUGUAUAGUUGGAAUAAGCGGGAGUACACGUUGUAGACUAGACUGUGGUUCUUGGAGUACGUAAGACCUUGAGUAUUUUUUUGGACGCGGUCUAGGCGUUCUUUAUUUCUUUUUUAGUUUACGUUAAUUUUUUAAAUUUACCAAUGGAUCACUUUUGACAAUUAUGAGCCUCUUGAAUUCAAUCCAACCACCGCCAGCUGGUCCGUUGAAUCAAGCUGGCUCUUCUUCAUGGAAAAGAAAAGGAUCAGAUGAUGAAAACGAAGAUCAUGAAUCUAAUGUUAAAAAACCAAGAUAUUCUUGGUACGUAACAUUGGAGAGUGAAUCACCACUCGGAACUGAUGUCAGUGAUACUGAGUCUAUGUACAGUGUGCAAGAUCAAGAGACUGAGUAUGCUAGAGAUACUUCAGAUACAUCAACAACAUGGAUCAGUACUUCAAAUGACAACGCAAACAUUGCAGUUGAAGUUGAGUUCGAAUUAGCUGCAUCUGAAUCUGAGUCUGACAAUCCUUAUUACGAUCGAAUAUCAUCAUCUGAUCCAGAGGACGUUUCUGCAGUCGAAGUAAUGUUAUCUCGGAAUAGCUUAAGUAGUUCAAAUUUUGAUUAUUCUGAAGAAACUGAUGAAUCAAUAGAGUCAGUAGACAGUGACUUUGGGCGUCUUUAUUUCUAUAGAUGCAUACAGUGUCGUGAGGAGAAAGCAAAUCCUCAGUUUACGCACUGCGAAAAAUGUUUCCAACUCAAAAAAAAUUUCUUUCCACCACGACCGAAACGGAAACGACGUAAGAAAAAUUUUGAUACUAAAAGUAAUGAAGAGAGUGAGUCAUCAUCAGUGGCAACGACGUCUAAUUCACAAUCUCUGACGCACUUUGACUCGGGUCUGGGAUUGAGUCAAACAGAUUCAGCUAAUGGUAGUCAAAGUCAAUGCGAUUUGGCAAAUUGUAGUCAGGGUCAUUACGACUCGGCGAUUGGUAGCCAAAGUCAAAGUGACUCGGCAAUUGACAGCCAGCAGUCAUUGUCGGUAUCAGAAGUUGAUAACGACAAUUUAACAUCAUCAGACUCAUUGUUUAAUGUUGAUAAAAUUGAUUACAAUAAAGCCUCAACUUCUGUCUCACUUGAUGUCUGCUCACCGCUAACUGGCGGGAAAAAUAAUUGCAAUGAGAUCAGUGUCAAUGAUCACAUUAAAAAAAACGAUAAGUCUGAUGAUAGCGACACUAAACAGUGUAUCGUUUGUACAGUUAAACCAAAAGACGGUGCUUUUGUUCACGGUAAAAUAUUACAUAUAUUUAGCUGUUAUACUUGUGCGAUUCAAAUUUGGAAACGUACAAAACGUUGUCCGAUUUGUCAGCGUCAAGUCAAGAAUGUGUCUAAGCUCAUUUUUUCUUGAUAAAUACAAUACAUUGGAAGCUGAACCAUCAAGCAAAAAAAAAAAAGAAAAUUAAUUUAAACAACAAGAUCUAUUGAAAUAAUUUUUUUUUGUAAUAUUUUUGUAACUAACCAUCUUUAUUUUUAAAAUUAUUAAUACAAAAAAAAAUGUCUCGAUAUGUAAAAAAA